CAUUAACAGCAAGCAACAAUGUCAGCCUCCGUUUUGGCGUUUCAGACCCAACUCGCUUCUAUUAUGGACGUGUUAGUCCGAAACACUGUGUGCGAUGUAACUCGGCUGUAUGAGGACAGCCUCGUCAACUUUCAGUCUAUUAUAGCCCAACGUGAGGAUGAAAACGCCAGCUUAAAAAUGAAACUGCAGCAAUCAGAGAAAGCUCUUGCGCUACAAUCACAGAGAGAGUCCAGGAAGAACGUUGCGGAAUCCCAGGAGAACUUUGUUCAUUCCGGCCCCCUCAUCAAACAAGAGGAUCCCGAUGCAGAGGUUAAGAUCGACAUGUUCUGUGCCGUUUGUGGGAAGGCUGCCGAAUCGGAGCCUCCUUUUUGCGAUGCGUGCCGGAAAACGGUGUCAUUCCCGUCUCAGUCCCCGGAAGGAAGCCCUGGUCAGGAAAGGUCGCAUCAGGAGGGACCAGUUGGAAAAAGUGUUGACUUCUCUGAGGAGUCAGACCUGAACAUGUUUGAUACAGAGGCUUUCACUGGACUGUUUGAUUCUAAGACUGAUUCAUGUUUCAGUGCCAAAGAUGUCAGUGGCGGAAGUGCACUCACCCCCAUAAGUCCCAUGGUGCCCAUGGUCAUCAAUUCCUACCCGGAGGUCCCAGUAAUGCCCUCGGUCAGCCAAAGUGGGCCAUCCCGAACCGGGAGGCGUUCAGCCAAAAGACCCCGGCCUGUUCCCGAAAUCGAGGACAUGGCUACAGAGGCCAGAGAGCUGGUCCGGGCCGUUCUUGCCCGGAGGCCCGAUGGCGAACGGGUGGUGAAGGAGUACCGCAUCAACGGGACCUUGACCGACACCACCAGGAGACACCUGAUCAACAUACUGGUGGCCCACAUGACCGAGACGCAGGGGAGAAUCCCACCCAAAAAUGUGCGAGAACUCUAUGCUUUGGGCAUUGUCACACUGUUUCCCUCUUUGAAAGAUCCCUUCUCCAAGAAAGGCUAUGAGCACUUCUACGACGGGCAGAACGGGACGGGGUACCUGGCCUGGCGUCUGAAGACGGUGCAGCGCAAGACCUUCCACAGGAGUGGGGGCGAGCAGAAGCCCAUCGUGAGCCGGGGCCCGAAUUUCGAGAGGCAGACGCAGCUGGGGGAGCAGCUGCAGGGCGAGGUGUGCAAGGAGGCCAUCUCGUACAUGGCCCAGUGCACCGACCAGGAGCAGGUGUUCCUGAAGAUGAGGGAGACCUUCCAGCACCGGCAGCAGCUGGUCCACGACCCGCAGAAGUGUGGCGCCGUCCUCGCCACCUUCCCCAGGUUCCUGGACACCAAGGGCCUGGUGAAUCAGGACUUCACCCUGUUGUUUGGGCUGGAGACCGCGUGCAAACUCCUGGAGAACUGGGACAGCAGCUUCAAGGCCAAGGUCAUGAGAGAAGCCAGGUGCCUCACGCAGUCCGCUGACCUCUGCAACCUGCUGAAGUGUGCAGAGUACGAGCCCGUCAGUGACCAGGACGUGCCUGAAGUCCUGGGCUGGGACAGUGACAUGGCUUCCGUUCUGCUCCUGGUUCACCUGUUGCCUCCGCCGCCCGGAGGUAGAAAAUCUGCCAAAAUUAGCGCUCGUGAAGCCGUUGACCGGGUUGUCCAGUUUUACAAGUCCAGGACGGAGUGGCAUCCAGGCGGUGUGGAGGGCCCGCGGCAGCCGUACUUGGUCGCGGUCGGGAGCCGGCGCGACCAGAUCGAGAGCUUCUUCCUGGCCCUGGACCGCCACCUCAUCCCCUGCCAGGCCAACUGCUCGCUGGGCGCCUUCGACGAGCUCUUCAAGGCCCACUUCGUGUUCGGCCUGUCGUACGACGAGGCCCUGAGCAGCGUCUACACCUUCCUGCAGACCACCGUCUACAACAUCGACGUGGGCAGCGUGAAGGAGAGCCCCAGGGUCAAAGAGCUGCGGGCCAGGAUGCUCAACAACUGCUGACUGCCACGCUCACGUCCCUCCCUCCGUGUAGAAAACGUCCUCUUCCGCCCCACUCCUUCUCGCGCCUUGCUGUAGUGUGGCAGGGGGGGUGGGUACGGCCCCAGUUCAGUGGUGCUGUUUUGAGACUAGAGGUGGUGUGGCGAGGUGUGGUUGGGGGGAGUGGGCUACCUCUUUCUUGGUUGCCAGAUGUUCACGCAGUUCCUUCAGCGAUGGGUACAGUGGUGGGCCAGAACACUAUAAGGAUGGAUCUCAUUCCCGAUUCCGGGGCAAAGCCAACACGGGUCACACAUUACAAGAAAGACUGUAAAUAUAGCAAGCGUCAAGGUUUGGCUAAUUAACUGUUAUGCACAUCGCAGCCUGGCGGUUUCAGAUUGAAACCGCUUGGAUUGUGAUUCCGGACGCUUAGGAUUUAAACCGAUGCGUCGUCGUUGAUUCAACAUGUCAUUGAAAAAGGUUUGAGGCUGACUCAUGAGCCUGGUAUGUUUUGCAGUUUUGGAGUGGCUUUGAGCUUUGGUGACUGCAUAUACAAGCGUAAACUUUACUAAUCCAAUAUCAAGACAUUGCAUAUUCAACAGAGCUGCAUACAGCCAUGUUGUUUCCUCAAGCCCCAUACAGUGAUAUUUGCAGAAACACCAGAAACAAGGCAACUCUACCGAGAGUCCUGAUUUUUUGAGUGUUUCUCACUCUGCAUUUAUGUGGUUGGAUAUACUGUAUUUAUUAAGAAAUAAACAUGGUGUGUGUACCAUCCUAAAAAUAGUCUGCCUCUUUGGCACUGAAAACAUUUCAGUUUUAUCAGAACUUUUCGCAGGAGCUGUACUCUAGACUGCUAGCGUGGAGGAAAUGAUUUGUACUGCUGGUCCAUUAUUUUUGCUGAAAUAUCUAAAAGAUGCAUCCGUAUAAAGAUGUAUAUAUUUUCGGUACAUUCAGUUUUUCUUUUUCUUCGAAAGACAGUGCUGCCAACACGCAUCUGGCUGAAUCAAAGUGAGAAAAAUACCCAGCUGUUCAUUGCUGUUAAAUGUUUUGGACUGAAAUCCACUGAAUGAAAAUGGCAGGAAUAUUAUACUCUUACAAAUAUUUCAUUUUCAUUGUAAUUUGAGGAUGCCAGAGAAACGAUUGAAAAUGUAUGAUAACGGUUAUCACUUUAAUAAUGAACUGUGUGUCAUGUUGUGUCUUUUCUAUCCCAUUGCUUUGUUUCAGGAACGUUGGCGUGUGUAUGCAUGUUAGGUAUUUCAGUGACGUGUGUUGACAUUGAAAGUAUUGAAUACGUGGACCAUUUAUGAUGUUUGUAUACAUACAUUUUGAUGCACAGGUAUAUGUGUAUUAGCCAUUUCACUCAAAUCAAAGCAAUGCAUUAUGUUUCAUUGCAGAUGGUCGCUACCAUACACGGCAGGAUUUUUCUUCAGUUUUGUUUCCAGUGACUUGGGGCAUGGUGUUGAAAUAGGUGGGAAUUAUGUCUUGGUCUGUUCUGUCUACUGUCGGAUGGCUCAGCAAAGCUUGAUUGACACCACCAUUUAUAUUUUUUGACAAACCCCAUGCUUUUUAUUUAUGUAUAUUCAGGUUUUGAAAAGCUCACCGGGUAACGUUGAUGUAGUGUCCUGUACAGUACACUACAUUUUGUUAGUUGUGCUGACGCACUGCAGCUCUUCUGAAAGAUCGUCUUAUUCUUUUACCAAUUUUUUUAUUAAAAUGUAGCCUAAUUUUUGUGGUCAGACAGUUAUUUUAUCUAUGGAGCCAGAAAAAACCAAGGAAAUGCCAUUUGGGUCCACUGUUGCCUGUUUGACCUGUCAUACAUCGCGAUACUUUAUUGUUCAGCACAAAACAGACUAAGGUUAUAUGGGAGGGUGAGUGUUUUGCUGAAACACAGUGGUGAAAUAUGUUAAUCAGAUUCAAUUUAAGAAUGGAACUGACCAUUAAUUGUGCCAUGUAAGAUCAAACAUUGUGUAUUGACAUAGAGAAUGAAGGUUGUUUUAUUUUAUCUAUAAUGUUUCGUUCAAGACGAUUACAUGCAACACGUAAUUCUCCCAGAAUUGAUUACUUCCCGGUGAGCAAAACUGAGCACAAAAAUUUGACUCACAAAAAAAAACUAGAAUCUGCUGAUUGCUCCAGAAUUGAAUAUGUACUCAUUCCCAGAGCAAAAAGUACACAAUUGAGCACCAAGGUUGUAAACCAUGUAAUUUAAAAUUAUAUUGGUUAGUAAAAUGUGUUGUUCAUUCCUACAUUAGCAGGUUAGCUACAUGUUUUAUAAUAAAAUGAUGAACUCCG